CCCGGCAGCCCAAUGAUGAAGGAGGAGGGCCUGCUGAGUCGUCGGCGUUUCUCCAUGUGUGGGGGUACGGCGGCGCUUCGUCCCCAGCACCCGGACGGACGCAAACUCAUCCGCAAUGCCUCUUUCGGGGGCUACAAUGAGCUGUCGCCCGUCUCGCUGCCAGGUUUCGAGAGAGGGAAGGAGGACCUCUUGCCUCUGCCUUUGAAAGAGGAUUCACAUUCCAUAUCUAAGAGCAAGUCUGAAACCAAGCUGUACAAUGGCUCAGACAAAGACGUGUCGGCAUCCGGAGGAAAGCUCACCAAGAAGGAGUCCCUCAAGGUGCAGAAGAAAAACUACAGGGAAGAAAAGAAGAGGGCGACCAAGGAGCUGCUCAGCACCAUCACUGACCCCUCUGUCAUCGUCAUGGCCGACUGGCUAAAGGUGGGAACAUCCCGUGGCACUCUGAAGAGCUGGACAAAGCUUUGGUGCGUGUUGAAACCAGGCGUCCUGCUCAUCUAUAAAACACAUAAAAACGGGCAGUGGGUGGGAACGGUGCUACUCAAUGCUUGCGAGCUCAUCGAGAGGCCCUCCAAGAAGGACGGCUUCUGCUUCAAGCUCUUCCACCCGCUGGAGCAGUCCAUCUGGGCCGUCAAGGGUCCUAAAGGGGAAGGGGUCGGCUCCAUCACUCAGCCGUUACCCAGCAGCCACCUCAUUUUCCGUGCUGCCUCCGAGUCUGAUGGUCGAUGUUGGAUGGACGCCUUAGAGCUAGCCCUGAAGUGUUCCAGCCUGCUGAAAAGGACCAUGAUCCGCGAGGGGAAAGAAGACAUGAGCACAGUGGCCACUGGUGGAGAGCACUCUAUUAAUUUCUACAGCCUCCUCAGAGCCCACAACAUCCAUGGUUUCCAGUUCAAUGACAGCGACCACCUGAAAGACCCUGACCUGUACUCAGACAAGUCGGACAGGGAGGGUGAACAGGACCACGAGGAGUCCGACCCAGAAGGCCUGGAAAAGAGUGAGGAGAGUGACAGCGACACUUCAGAGCGCCAGGACGACUCUUACAUCGACGUGGACCCUAACGAGCUUCUACGGGAAACCCCGUACCUGGAACAGUCCCAUGAGGAACUUGGAGAGGCUGGGGAGGCUGCCCAGACAGAGACGGUAUCAGAGGAGAAUAAAUCUCUGAUCUGGACUCUGCUGAAGCAAGUGCGGCCCGGCAUGGAUCUCUCUAAGGUGGUGCUCCCCACCUUCAUCCUGGAGCCAAGGUCCUUUCUGGACAAACUGUCUGACUACUACUACCACGCAGACUUCCUCUCAGAGGCCGCAAUUGAAGAGAACGCUUACAACCGGAUGAAGAAGGUGGUGAAGUGGUACAUCUCUGGAUUUUACAAAAAGCCUAAGGGGUUGAAGAAGCCUUAUAACCCCAUUAUUGGAGAGACGUACCGCUGCAUGUGGCUCCACCAGGCCACCAAUAGCAAGACCUUCUACAUAGGAGAACAGGUUUCGCAUCAUCCUCCAGUGUCAGCUUUCUACGUCAGCAACAGGAAGGACGGAUUCUGUCUCAGUGGCAGCAUCCUUGCCAAGUCAAAGUUCUAUGGAAACUCCCUGUCGGCCAUAUUGGACGGGGAGGCUCGGCUGACUUUCCUCAACAGAGGAGAAGACUAUGUGAUGAACAUGCCCUAUGCUCACUGUAAAGGCAUCCUGUAUGGCACCAUGACUCUGGAGCUGGGCGGUCAGAUCACCAUCGCGUGUGAGAAAACAGGAUACAGUGCUCAGCUUGAGUUCAAACUGAAGCCGUUUCUAGGCAGCAGUGACUGCGUCAAUCAAGUCUGUGGAAAGAUCAAGCUAGGGAAGGAAGUUUUGGCUACACUGGAAGGACACUGGGACAGUGAGAUCUUCAUCAACGACAAGAAGACAGGGACGGUGGACACCUUUUGGAACCCGACAACAGAGCUGAGGCAGAGUCGACUGACACGCUGUACUGUCCCACCAGAGGAGCAGGGAGAACUUGAAUCGGAAAGACUGUGGCAGCACGUGACGCGGGCCAUCAACAACAAGGACCAGACCGAGGCCACCAAUGAGAAGUUCCUCCUGGAGGAAGUUCAGCGGAAGUCCGCCCGAGAACGGAAAGCCAAGUGCGAGGAGUGGAACCCUGCCCUGUUUGAGCAGGACCCUGUCACCGGGGAGUGGCAUUACAGAUAUGCAGACACAAGGCCAUGGGAUCCGCUCAACGACCUGAUCCAGUUCGAGAAAGACGGCUGUAUCCAGACCAAGGUCCGACACCGCACCCCUAUGGUGACGGUGCCAAAGAGGAAACACAAGAGUGACAAGUCUAAGAGCCGAGAGAGUGGCUGCUCCUCACCUGAACCCGACCGCCAAGACUCAUCUGGCAGCGAACGACACAAAAGCAAGCAUACCAGUCGGCUGAGGAAAAAAGGGGCCGACCUCUGUGAACUUCAAAGUGCCAUUGAAUCCAUAAAGAAGACGCAGGAGGACAUUAACAGGAACAUCAGCGUGCUGCGGAGCCGUGCCGCCGGCCGGGUGGAGGGCAGUUCUUUCCUCCAGCAGCGGGACUACAUCAUCAUCGUUUUCCUCAUCCUCCUUCAGGUCCUGAUCAACUAUGUCUUCAAGUAGCAGCCAUACCCUGAGGAGAGAGACAGUGAUGUCCUCUCACACACGCACACAUGAAAAAACUCAAUAAACACCCAAUGAACAUUAGGCAUCAUGACUUCGAGACAUGAACUUUGACCUCUCACAAUAAGUGACUCGGACACUCUUCUCGUCUGUCUAUAUUUAAUCCAGCUACACACGUCCAGAGAAGUGGAGACUCACUCACACAAAGACACUUUUAAAUAAAACAUGUUAUUUUUAACCAGCCCAUUCCAAACACCCUGGAAUGGGCUGCAGAUUCCAAAAGCGAAGAGGAGGAGCGGCUUUAAGGAGAAGUAGUUGGAGGGGAGAUUUAGUCAUGAUUUCUUUUGUCGCGGUGGAGCUUGUUGAUUUGCCUUGAUGUAAGAGGCAAAGACAGCAGCCAUUGUUAUUAGUUUAUAGCUGUUUUGUUUUUUUGUUCUUUUUCCAAUGGAGUAAAACUACUUUGUGAUUCACAUUUCAAACCACAGGGAAGCGUUUUACAUGGAGACAAGUACCAUAUGGCUCAUAUGGCAAUACAGAUUUAAAGAGAAAGUAAACCUUUAAUUUGAAUGUUCUUUUGUUAACGUUUUGCUCCUCUGCUCGGUAUGUCUUUUGUGAAAAGGGGUGUGCUCGGGACAAAAGGCAUAGGGGAGCGAAAAACAAAUGGGUCCAAUCUAUGUGACAUUUGUUUUUUUAUUAUUGGGUACUUUAAUAUGAGGCCGGGUUUCCAUGUGUAGAACCGGACAAGGAAGACAAAUGAUACAAGGGACAUAGUCAGAAGGUACAGAGGCUAGAGUUUCUGCUGUAUGUCAAAUCUUCUCCUUUGGGAUGCGAAAUCAAUGUUGAAAGACCGAAGUCGUCGUCGUCGUUGUAGACUGGAGGAGCGUGUUUAGGACGUUAGCGCUAUGUACAGUAUUUUGACUUAGGGCACAAAUGCACUGGAAAUGUCACAUCGGUGUUAUUAGCAAAAAAAAUGUACGUGGAAAUUCUUUUAGAUCUCUGCUCAGAGAGUCAAAAUAUGUUUUUGGGUGAUUUCUUAUGAGCCUCAGUGACCACUGCCCUAGUUGCAGAUAAAGGGAGUUGGUACGUUUUAAUCAGUCAGCAAGGUCCUCUGAAAUCAACCAAGACAUGCACUUUCUUGCUUGGAGUUAGAUGAGAAGAUCGACCCUCACGCUCGUUCAAUGCAACUAGCAGCUGCUCAGCUUAGCAUAAAGAGUGGGAACGGCGAAAACUUUCCAUUGUUUAACUUAAAACUAAAAGUGAGUAUGUGUAUUUCCCUAAAUAAAUUCUGUUAACAUUUAAAAACAA